GAAGCUGCUCCAAGUCUGGCCUCGGAACAGAAGCUCUGCUCCGCGCUGCGAGAGGGUCCGGGAGCCCGAACAGCGCGCGGUUUCCGUGGGGCGGGUGUUCCCACACGGGACUUUCUGGUGGAGCCGAGCCUGGCAAAUGAGCGCAUGAAGAAGAACGGGGAAAUGGACUGCUAUUUGCGCCGUCUCAAACAGGAGCUGGUGUCCAUGAAGGAAGUGGGCGAUGGCUUGCAGGAUCAGAUGAACUGCAUGAUGGGGGCUCUGCAGGAACUGAAGCUGCUGCAGAUGCAGACAGCCCUGGAACAGCUGGAGAUCUCUGGAGGGGGUCCUGCCCCAGGCUGCUCUGAAAGCCCCCGGACACAGCCCCCGUCCCCUCAAUGGGACGGUGGCAGAGGCCAUGCCAGGCCUGUUGCUCACUCCCCCUCCAGCCAACCUUCUCUUGGCAGCAGCAGCAAGUUCCCUUCCCACAGGAGUGUGUGUGGGAGGGAUCUGGCCCCCCAGCCCAGGACACAGCAGCCAGAGCACCAAAGCUGUGCCCAGCAGGGGCCAGAGCUGCUGGAACCAGAUGACUGGACCUCCACCUUGAUGUCCCGGGGCCGGAAUCGGCAGCCUCUGGUGUUGGGUGACAACGUUUUUGCAGACCUGGUGGGCAACUGGCUGGACUUGCCAGAACUGGAGAAGGGUGGGGAGAAGGGUGAGACUAGGGAGGGAGGAGAGCCCAAGGGAGAGAGGGGCCAGCCCCGGGAGCUCAGCCGCAGGUUCGCCCUGACAGCAAACAUCUUUAGGAAGUUCUUGCGGAGCGUGCGGCCUGACCGGGACCGGCUGCUGAAGGAGAAACCAGGCUGGGUGACACCCACCUCCUCGGAGCCCCGAGCUGGACGCUCCCAGAAUGUUAAGAAGCGGAGCCAUUCCAAGGGUUCUGGACAUUUUCCCUUCCCAGGCACGGCAGAGCCCAGGCGAGGGGGAAGCCCUUCCACAAGUUUCCCCAAAGCCCUGGAGGCAUCACCCUCUGGCUUUGAUAUUAACACAGCUGUUUGGGUCUGAGUCCUAGAGACAGAAAGUUAACGGAGCCCAUAAUGGCCAGGUCCCCAAGCUGGGACUCUGGGGAGGAGGGUGUGCAAGUGCUAUGGCUUUCAGGAGCCUGACUCCAAGUUCCUGUCCCCCAGGAAGGAGGGAGAGGACGCAAGAGCGGCUGGAGCAGGACAGACAGGACUGUGGUUGGGAGAGGUUGUGGUGGGCUGGCUGGUGGAAGAGGUGAGAGAGUGUGUGUGUGUGUGUGUGUGUGUGUGUGUGUGUGUGUGUGUGUCACAAGGGGCUGGAGAUGACAGCGGGGGGGAGCGGGAGGGGACCAGGAAAUCCUUCUUACAUUCCUUCACUGCCCCCAAAGACCCUUUAACAUCCUGUAUGGAUGAGGGCACUGGGGCCUCAGGUUCCCCAGAGAGGCCCCCAGUAAAGCCUCUCACUCCCAGUCCCAGCCUUACAACUGUUUGCUUCCCUGGUAAACGCUGCUCCAAGCACAGGUAUUAAACCUCAGCCGUCCUGGGAGGGGGAGCAACAGAGAGGCA